GCUCCAUUUCAUUAGCAAAUAGCAAAGAUGCAUCAAGCCAUUGACUGGUUUUCUUGGCUAUCAAAAGCUGGGCUUGAGCCUUCACUUAUUUACGAAUAUGGGAUGGCUCUAUCGCGUAACGAGCUUGAAGAAGGUGAUAUAGCUUAUUUCAACCAUGAAUUCCUUCAAAGCAUGGGAAUCUCCAUAGCUAAACACAGGCUAGAGAUACUGAAGCUUGCUAGGAAACAGAAAGGCUCAAGUGGUUCACACCCCAUCUCAAAGCUUAUGAUUGCCAUCAAGAAAACCAAGAGAACCUUGGCUAACUACAUCCAUACAUGGGUGCGCCGGGAUGACUCGGCUCUGGUGCUGGUUCGUAGGAGUAAUGGUUCAGGAUGGAGAGGUGCUAUGUUAAGAACCAACAACAGGAGAAUGGUCACCUUUAAACAAGCUAAUCCCACUCUUUUGCUCACUAAUGGUUACCAUCCUAUGGUGAAGUCCACCAGUGCUAAAGUGAACAGCAUCUCGAGCUCAUCAUUGGUUUAUGGUCUUCAGUAUGAUCAAGGUAUAAAGGACAGUUUCGAUGGUGACACUUCUGAUGAAGAAGACGGUGGUUAUUUAUCUGGGAAUGGUGUUCAAGAGAUUCAAUGGGACACUUUGUUCCAGAAUUUGAAACCGACUUGAAGCUGUAGCAGUCAUCGUCUUCUUCGUGGAUCUGUUUUUUCUUGUUCUGAAUAAAUUAUUACAAGAAUUAUAAUGGUGAGAGAGAUUCUAUUUUUCAA